AUGUCUCCCUUGAAACGAAAGCAUGAUGCAGUGCCUCAUACCAUGGUGCAGCGAUGGACGUCGCAGCCACGGCUUUCAUGUCAGAAUUGCCGUCAAAAGAAAUGGCGAUGUGAUCGCAAACACCCUUGCAACAAUUGCAAGCUCCGGAAAACACACUGCCAGUAUCUCUCCGGUACUGAGUCUCAAGCUCUAUCCAUUGAGCCAGGACGUUAUGAUCCGGUCAGCAAUUCGCCUGCUGCUGCUACAAAUACGCCGCUUGCUACAUCUCAUGCAGAGAGUAUUACAGUAUCGUCACCUCAAUCUAAUACAAAUGAGUCUACCGGUCUACUAGACCGAAUACGUAGGCUAGAGGAGGCGCUAUCUCUUUCAUCAGUACGGAAACACAUUGAUGAGUUCGACGACUGCAUGCAAGACCCCAAGUGCAUCUUCGAAUGUCUUCCACCGAUUGAGCAAGCAAGGUUACUUUUUGAUCGGUUCGUUCGAGCUAUCCAACCAAGUCUUGGUAUUCUACACAUCCCAUCUGUUCGGGUUUUGAUGGAGGAAACCUAUCGCGACACAUCCGAAGGCAAAGAACCGAAUUUCACGGUUCUCAUUCUGCUUCUCGCUAUCUAUGCUGGGGGCACUAUUGUCGCGACACCCGAGCUUCUCGAAAGUCUCGAGGCAACGGAAGAGAAGUCUAGGACUGCUUUCGCCACUUUUAUGCGUCUUGCCAUAACCAUGUUAGAUCAUCCAAAGCGACCUAUAGCCCCGUCAACGGUGGCUCUUCUCGCCAUAACCAUUUUAUCUCACAUUCUGACACAUGCAGAUGGAUUUCACGAUAACAUUCAAGCUCUCCGUAUGCGCGCAAUAUUCAUGGCACGUGUGGAAGAGAGGAAGCGCACACAGUAUGAAGUCGUCGAAAUCGAAGUUCAACGACGGAUAUGGUGGCAUAUCGUAGCAUCAGACUGGAUAGUUUCACUCACUCAAGGGCCACAAGAAGGGUCAUACCUUCUACACCCAAACCACAUGAGAGUCAAUUAUCCAAGCAAUAUCGAUGACGAGACCUUGGCGACUAGUGCGCUAGACUACAGUCUACCACUUAGCACUCCGACAUCCAUGUCUGUCUUUAUCUUGCGGGUUCAUUUUGCCGAUGUCUGCCGGCAGAUUGUUGACGCUUUCGCUUCUAUGUACCUGGGAGACAGCGAGCUGCCUGACUAUGAAGUGGUUUUAGAUCUUGACCGCAAGUUACAUAACGUCUUGGAAUCCAUGCCAUAUUUCCUCCGGCUAGAUCCUGAAAGUGUACAGCGGAGUCGCGGGAUUAUAAAGGAACGACCAUACCUUGCCUGGCAACGCACCGUCGGCCAUCUAGGCGUAUAUGCUCGCAUCUGCCGCCUCCACCGUCCAUAUCACCGCGAAGCCUCGAUAAACUCCAAGUUUGCCUACUCUCGUCAGACAUGUCUUCGCUUCGCCCAGCACAUACUCGAUCUCCGUCGCACGCUGGACGAAGCUGGUUCUUCCGUUAGUCUUAAACCCUCCAAUUAUUGGAUGGUGAUGCAACAUGUUUUUCUCGCCGCAAUGGUCCUGGCCACUGAUGUCUCGAUGAACCCAAGAAGUCCCGGUGCACAGAGCAGGAAACAAGAGGUUUUGGAAGCGUGCAAGAUGCUAGAGCAAUCGCAGCGCCUGUCAACGAGGCUGACGGAGGCUAUCCAGAGAAAUACUCAGACUUUAUUGUCUAUUCUUCAGAGCACACAGAAGGAGCAACCACCUCCUUCACAAGCCCAUACUGGAGUGAUGGCUCAUGCUGUGCCGACGCAUCCAGCCAACGCAGACAAUACGUGUCUUGGUUCAAUCUCGCAAAGAGACAUGAGCAGGAGGGUGAGCGCUGCAGGAGCGAGUGAGCAACAGCCCCACUCCCCCAACAAUCACAUGAGCACAGGGAAUGACUCCAUGGCUUGGGAUGGUGCUUCUACAAAUCCCCCCGGGGAGGAAAGCUGGGGUCAGUUGUGGUCUGACCUGUUCACCGUGGCCCCGGCAAUUGAUGAUAUACAUUGGGAUCUCUUGUUGAAUGACUGGGAUAUGUCUAUUAAUUCAGGCUUUUGAUAAUUUUGGCAGACUACCUCUUCAUGUGUGAGGAACUCUAGCCCUGCUCUCCCCACGUCUUUCUCACUUCUCCAUGGCCAAACACGUGGCCACACAUACCCUGUUACGGACGUUUACAAUCAACGGAAAUUUCGGCUUUCAUGCCCACAAAGGCUCAAGAAAUACCAGCCACAAAUUAGAACUCGUGGUUUCUUUGGGAAAUCUGGACAUGAUGAAUGGAGCGAAGUUCUGUUAGUUUCUACUUUCGUGAAUGAUGAACUGUACGUGCGUUGCCUAGUAUAAUCUGAGAUAGGAGUGUAGGAG